UGCUCCAGUUAUUAUAGAACUCAAUGGUAACAGCCAUUGGCAAAAAUUUCAGAUUCUUUGCAAAGAAAAUUUUCUAAUCUUACGUUCAAUACGUUGUACUAUACCAAAUUUCUCAAUCUUACCAUGUUUACAUCGACAUGCUCCAAUAUUCUCCACGAAUGUGCAUUCUUCAGAGCUGUUCGUUUGAAGACAUCCAAAUCAACGAAGCCAAACAAUACGUGUUUAAAUUACUACAAAUUUUUUAAUGAUUACACUGAUGAGUGCAAAUUACCACUGCUUGAAAUGUUCACAAAGGAGGAGUGUUCUCUGUGUGAUGAAGCAAAGGAAAUCCUGAUACCAUACUCUCACUUGUUUGCGUUCAAGGAGAUCGAUAUAACUUUAACAGAGAACAAAAAAUGGUUUGAGAAGUAUAGAUACGAUAUUCCUGUGUUUCAUCUUAAUGGGGAAUAUUUGAUGCGGCACAGAGUACAUCUUGGAUUACUUCGACGAAAAUUAAACGAAAUUUAUGGUCUUCCAUCCAAACAAUGAACUUUACGAUAUUUGCGGGUGAGUUUGAGAGGCUCAUUUUCUUCGGACGAGUUUUAUGCCAAUCAUCCAUGAACCACUACCACUUUGCGUCACAAAAUUAAGAAUAUAAAGAAAGCCCACUCCAUUGAAAAUUUUUGUGCUACGCAUAAAAAUUGUCAUGCACAAAGCCCUAUAUAGAAAAAAGUUGGAGCACUGGAAGUAAAAUUGCUUAGCGUUCGCUAUUUUUGUUCCAAAAGCCAGCAAGUAUAGAGCAUUAUGUUAAAUAAUCGUAAAUAAUCCUCCAAGAAUGUUAAUACUUUAUUAGACAAAAUAUACCAUGUGCUAACACAACCGAAUAACAGUUACUGUCACGUGAUUGAAGUAAUUAUCAUAAAUGAAUAAUUAUUACUUCCUUACACAUUAAAUGGUGGAAAGACAAA